AUGGAAAAGGAAACUAUAAUAUACACCAUAGCCUUGGCUUCUUGGAUUUGGUAUUUCUUCAUCUUGCUCGUACAAGCGAUAGGCUCUACCCAACUGUUCCGACACUACUCUUCGAAUCCGAAGCCUGCCAUUUCUCCAAAUUUAGAUAGCAAUGAAAUUCCUCAUGUUACGAUUUUACGACCAGUUAAAGGACUCGAACCACAAUUAUAUGAAUGCCUCGCGGCCACAUUUAGACAGACAUACCCAUUGGAAAAGCUGACAAUAUACUUCUGUGUUGGUUCAUCGACCGAUCCUGCGUACCCAGUUCUUGAACAUCUGCUGGCGGACUUUCCAAAAUUCGAUGUAAAGAUUCUAAUAGAAGAGGAAGAUCCAAAUCUGAGUGGCCAUGGAGGCGAAGUUGGCAACCUUGGUCCCAAUCCUAAGAUUCGAAAUAUGAGCCGCGGAUACAGGGAGGCAAAGGGAGAUAUUGUGUGGAUAAUCGAUUGCAAUGUCUGGGUUGGGGCUGGUACUGCUGGACGAAUGAUCGACAAACUAUGCGGCUUUAAGGCGGACGGAUCAAGGGCAACACCAUACAAAUUGGUUCACUUACUACCAUUAGUUGUAGAUACCGCUGGAACCAGCACAGGGACAGAGACUGAAGGCCUUCUCACCGCCGGACAGCAAAUCUCGUCCACUAAUUCCUUGGCCUCCAAUAUUUCAAUCGUAUCCAAACACGAGUCCAAUUUUGAUGCAAGCGCAAGGAUUGGCGGUGGCCGUUUCGAAGAAUCCUUCAUGGCAUCGUCACACGCAAAAUUCUACACUGCAAUCAAUACAGUAUCAAUUGCGCCAUGCAUCGUUGGUAAAUCAAACAUGUUUAGACGAUCUCAUCUAAAUUAUCUCACUUCCACUUCUUCUGAUUAUGCUCCGGGAAUCGAUUUCUUCUCAGAAAACAUUUGCGAAGACCAUUUGAUUGGGGAUUUGUUGUGGCGAAAGCGGAUACAGGAAGAAAAGGCGGGAGAAAAAUGGAAGAAACACGGCUUAGUAUAUGGUGACUUGGCUAUCCAACCAAUGGCCAGUAUGUCUGUAUGGGAAUAUGUCGCACGUCGAGUCCGUUGGCUUAGGGUUCGAAAAUGGACUGUCACACUGGCCACAUUUGUCGAACCUGGGGUUGAACCCUUCUUGUGCUCAGCUUAUGGCUCCUUUGCAAUUACGACAUUACCUUGGUUUCAUGAAAACCUAGGGGUAUCCCGAACGUGGCUCGCCUUUACCGUAGUUUGGUUGUCUAAUGUUGCUGCGUGGAUGACACUUGAUUGGUUUGUUCACGCCAACCUUCAUUCUGGUGCCUCUAUUGAGUUGGAUGCAAACACGCCUUCCUUCGCACGACCUCCGCGCACAAGAUCCAGAAGACCCUUUAAAGAGUGGGCCUCAGCAUGGCUCGGCAGAGAAAUCCUCGCGUUACCUAUCUGGACAUGGGCUUGUCUUGGUGGGACAACGGUGAUGUGGAGAGGCAAAAAAUUCCGCGUCAACCUCGAUAUGAAAGUCAUCGAAAUCAAAGAUGGGGAAAAAUCAUCGUCUCCUGAGAUUGAAAAUGGUCGAGCCCAUAGUAAAGAUAGACAGGAUUGA